AUGUCGAAGGUAAACAAGGAGGGAGCUCAGCAGACGUCGCUUCUUGAUGUCCUCAAGAAGAAGAUGCGUCAGGCCCGUGAGGAGGCGGAGGCCGCCAAGGACGAGGCCGAUGAGGUCAAAAGACAGCUCGAAGAGGAGCGCAAGAAGCGUGAAGAUGCUGAAGCUGAGGUCGCUGCCUUGAACCGUCGUAUUGUGCUUGUGGAGGAGGACUUGGAAAGAACCGAAGAUCGUCUGAAAGCUGAAGCUGAGGUUGCCUCUUUGAACCGUCGUAUGACUCUUCUUGAAGAGGAGCUCGAAAGAGCCGAGGAGCGUCUGAAGAUCGCUACUGAGAAGCUCGAGGAGGCUACCCACAAUGUUGACGAGUCCGAGCGUGCGCGUAAAUCGAUGGAAACCCGCUCCCAACAGGACGAGGAACGCGCCAACUUCCUCGAAACUCAAGUCGACGAGGCCAAGGUUAUCGCUGAGGAUGCUGACCGUAAAUACGAAGAGGUCCGGGUUUCUUCGAAUGGAAUGCGCGUGUUCUGA